AAUACCUCAGAUUUUAUGGCAGCUGCUCGAGUUCUUGACACUUUGCCAUCUUGUGGUCCAACUUGCAUUGGUGACAGCUCAGAUCCAGUUUCCGGCUAUAGCGGCCUCCUCGACAUUGGUCUGUCUCCCGUCUGCCUAGGCUCUGGCAACAGCGGUGGCAACAGCAACAAUAAUCAGAUUAUUUUGCCACCAGGCCCUGGCCUGACAUCUCUACAUGCCUCUCUUCCGCGACCCCGGAGAGUUCAUCAGGCGUUUAAAUCCCAUCUGGAAUCUAAUAACAUUAGCGAUGUUUUAGCUCCAUCUUCCACAUCCAUGGGACUAUUCAGUCCACCUCGAAAGCGCAUCUCUCAAAUGGCCGGAAAUUCAUCACCUUCGCAUGUGGGAGCCAUGACUCCAGCCACAGGCCAACUGCGCAGAUUGCCCCUAAGCCCAGUUGAAAAAUCACAUGCGCAACAUAUGGGGACCAACCGCAAACAUGUGUCUGCUCAGGCAACAGGGAUAAAGGCUAAACAAGCCUCAUUGUAUUCAGGAACAGCUACACCUACAAAUAACACAGCCUCCUUAGCAAAUUCAACUGGCUCUUCAUCCACUACCAUGUUUACUGGACUUGGCCCGACCAUACCACCUGAAUUGAACAUCCUUCAUUUACCGGGAACAGCAUUCUAA